AUGGCAAUCGUGUCUAGAGCUAAUAGUCCUCCUAAUGGCAUUGGUUUCAAACCAUCCCGUGGCAAUCCAACCGGCCGGUUUACCAAUGGCCGUACUAUAGCUGAUAUCGUUGGAGAAAAGCUAGGGCAACCAAAUUAUGCAGUUCCAUAUCUAGCACCAAACGCAAGUGGUGAUGUAUUACUAAAUGGUGUGAAUUGCGCAUUAUGUAGUGGUGGAAUUCACAGUGCUGCUGGAAGUGUAUUUUCCAUGGACCUUCUAAAACAUCCAGCAUUAACACUUGACUACUGGGCUCAUUUAGCUAAAAAACGGAAAUACGUGUAA